UAAAUUUCAAUGGCGACAUGCUACAUGCUGUUUAGUUAAAGUUCGAAACUCAGCCAACAAAAUGAAAGCUGUGUACUUUUUGUGUCAAAUUGUUUUUGUUGGUGUAAUAAUGAAGGAGGUCUCAACAGAAGAAUGCAUCAAAUGGCAAGACCAUAGGAAAGAACUCGAAAAUUGCUGUAAAUAUUAUCCACCAUACCCACAGGAGGGCUUGAACCGCUGUUCAAAGCCAGCACUAGAACAAUCCGGAAGGGACGAAGCGGAAUACUUACGGUGCCUUUUUGAAUGUUACUUCGAUCGGCUCGGGAUCGUUGUCGACCAGACGCUCGAUUUGGACAAAGUUGCCGAACACCUGCAGUCAAUGAGUGAGAAUUCUCGGGACAUCGUUCUCAAUGCGUACAAGAAAUGUGCCGCGGAAACUACCGGAUCACUGCGCGUAUGCCAUUCGUAUGCCCAAGAGCUGGAAGCUUGUGCUCUGCUGGAAAUUGACCGUCAUUGCCCGGAUGAAUUCUAUGAGCCUAAUGAGAUUUGUGACAAACGUAGAGCUGGCGUCGAAUUUUGUGAAUAAUGAAAUAAAAACUAUUUUGCCUGUUGUACUAUUGGUUGAAUAAAUACAAAAAAAAAUAA